AUGUCCAUCCAACACAUCACAAAAGACACCACCAAGCGCAGACGCUUCCAGCCUCCCAUCACCUCGUUCUUCUCUGGCCCAACUCCUACCGCGAACGUUAACGACCAUGACGAUAACGGUGCUACACCUCGUGUCUCUCAUUACCACUACUCCGCUGCCACAUGCUCGCCCACACCCGUCGUUCCUGCGAAGGUGCAGUCCUCGUUGUUGAGCGUUGGUAUGCGCGUCCGAAAAUCCGUUGCGGAGGGAUACAAGACGCAAAAAGAAUUGGAGAAGCAGUUGGCUGCUGCUGCUGCCCCUACUACAACUGCUAAUGGUGUAAACCAUGCAGAACUCCCGCCCUUCUGCGGAUACUCGAAGAUAGAAGAUUUGACCGUGCAAGCGUUCUCGCGUCCUUCUGCGAUGAAUGAGCAUGACCCCGUCACCGACGAGAAUGAUGCUUAUUCGCUCCCCUCGAGUAGUCAGGGAUCAUUUACCUCGUACAACGGACAAAAGCGGUCAUAUACCUCUGAUGACUUGGAUGAUGAGUUUGAGAGUCCUUAUGACGCCUCUCAUCGGACUAUUCUUGCGCCCUCCCUGGGGCAGCAGAGACGGCGGUUUAUUGCGUUGAAGAACCAGAACCGGAUUGCUGGGCAGAGUAUGGAUGUUGACGACUUUGAGGAGGCGACUUUUCUGCGCCGCCGGGAGGAUGUUGAGAUGGAUGGAUAUUAA